AUGCAAAGAAUAAUGGCUGGAGGAGUCCGAAUGAUGAGGACUAUGGGUCGCGAUCCUCGAUUUGCAACCGUUCAAAGUUCAGACAUUCAAAUAUUUGAGUCGAUCUGUGGUCGAGAUCAUGUGGAAACUGAAGACGUUGCCCACUAUAAAACUGACUGGACAAAAGCUUUCAGAGCUGCUGGAAAUUUGAUACAAAGCAUUCCUGUUGUUUUAGAACGCGGCUGGUAUCAGCGUACAUGCGCAUUGCAGUUUUUGCGCAAUGAAACCGAAUCCGUGAUUGGUAACCAUAAAAGAGGUGUGGUUUAUUUCGGAGACGAUGACAAUUCCUAUGAUACACGACUAUUCACCGAUUACAUCAGAAAUGUGAAAAAGCUCGGAAUGUGGGCAGUUGGACUGGCAGGCGGCGGUCCAUUAGAAUCACCUGUGGUUGUCAAUGGUACAGUAGUUGGCUACAAAACGCAAUGGAGACCAGAACGAAAAUUUGGUGUAGAUAUGGCCGGUUUUGCCGUUAAUCUCAACGAUGUGCUGAGGACCACCGUUGUCUUCGGAAAAUCUUGCAAAAGUGGAUUCGAUGCACCAGAGCCGUGCUUUCUAGAUGAUAUGGGUUUCAAUCAAACUGAUAUUGAACCUUUCGGUGUUGGAGAAUACAGUGAUAAAGUCAGUUUAAUAACGAGUAAUUUUUUAACAAAGCAAAGCAAUCAGAAUUAUCAAUGCAAGCUGGUCAGUCAGCAAGCUAAUUUCACGAAUUCCAUGUCAACGUCCAAAACCUGUGGUUGCAAAUAUGUUUGUAGAGCACUGAGCAGAUAA